UGAUAACGGAUCCAUUGAUAAAUACUAGUGUGCUUAAUUAAGAAAUGAAUUGUCUUUGGACUUAAAAAUCAUAGAUUCUACUUCUAUUUUGAAAAAUGAUUUAAUUUACAUAAUUAGAAAUUAAUUAAAUAUUAAUUACUUUUUUGUUACCAAUAAUCUAAAAAAUAAAGUACCAUGAGUACCUCUUAUCCUGGAGCACACACGUGUAUCACAUGUCAAAUUGUUUUUGAAUCUGCUGAAACCCAUCGUAUACAUUAUAAAACUGAUUGGCAUCGCUAUAAUUUAAAAAGAAAAAUAAUUAACUUGACUCCUGUUGAUAAACCAACAUUUGAAGCUCGUAUUCUUAAUCAGCAGAUUAAAGAAAAUCAGAAUAAUGCAAAAAGUUCAAUUUAUUGUACAAUUUGUAAAAAAUCGUACUCAUCACAGAAGUCAUUUGAUAAUCAUCUUUCAUCUAAACAACAUAAACAGUUAUCUUCUCAAUCUGAUAACGAUAACAAAGAUGUUGGUGUUCCAGCAUCCAAAAAAGUGAUUCAGCCAGUUCAAAAUACCGCUGAAGUUGAAAAUAGUGAUGACGAAUAUGAAGAUGUUGAUGAAGAUGAACUUUGGGAUGGUGUAGUCAGUGACAAUAAUCCGAUUAUUAAUAAUAUUUGUUUGUUUUGUCCACAAAGUAAUGAAAAUAUGAUUCAAAACAUUAAGCAUAUGUCUGAGAAUCAUUCAUUUUUCAUACCUGAUAUUGAAUAUUUAAUUGAUAUGAAAGGUUUACUAGUAUAUUUAGGGGAAAAAAUUUGUCAAGGUUUCAUGUGUCUUUGGUGUAAUGAUACUGGUAAACAAUUUAAAACAAUGGAAUCUGCCCAAGCUCACAUGAUUGAUAAAGGUCAUACAAAAGUGAUUCAUGAAGGAGAAGCACUUUUGGAAUACUCAGAUUUUUAUGAUUAUUCUUCGAGUUAUCCGGAAAAUGAAUCUGAAGAUAACUACCGAAUUAUUGAAGAUAUUAACUCUCAAUUAAUUUUACCUUCAGGAGCUAGAAUUGGAAAGAGAUCACUUAUGAGAUAUUACAGACAAAAUUUAAAUCCAAAUAGCAAUUGUGUAGCUCUAAAGGGAAGAAAUGUUGAUAAAAUUAUUAACCAUUAUAGACAUGUUGGAUGGGUAGGAACUUUCCCUGCUGCUGCUGCUAGAAAAGCAAGAGACCUAAAAAUUAUGAAGCAAGUACAGUCAAAAAUGUAUAUGCAAUUAGGUGUUAAAGCAAAUAAAUUCCAAAAACAUUAUCGACCACAAGUAAACUUUUAGAUUUUAAUUAUCUAAGAGUAUUGUUAUAUUAUUGUUUAUUUUCCUAUUUCUCUUGAUAAAACUUAAAUGUAUUAAAUGAUAAUAUAAUAUAAAAUUAUGACUUUAAA